UCGUAAAACUGGACGUGCGGCGUGGGGAACGGAGCCUCUGGGCCACCGGGUGAGGUGCGAGCUGCCCGGGCACCGGGAGCGAUGCCCACGGGGGCCGGCACGGUGGAGCGCGGCGGCAGGGUCCUGCCGGGAGAGCCGCUUUAAAGCAGUGCUCAGCAAUCUCAUUUUUCACACGUCUCCUGUAGUCAAACUGCCCCUGUCAGAGGAAAGGAGUUGCUUCCUGUUAUUUCCAUUGAAAUACUUGUCCCGGUCGUUAGCCGGCAGGCUUUUGCAGGAUGGCACCACGCACGCAGAUGGGCUCCAGCCGGCUCUCCCGAGGGCUCCUGCUGCUCUGGGCUCUCCUGGGGACCGGGCUCUGCCACGUGGACACCAAGGCAGAGGGCUUCAGCAAGGUCACUGAGACAAGCCCACCCAUGGUCUCGUUCAACUGGACUUAUGAGCUUGCGGAGGAGGUGUACGCCAACAUCACGCAGAGCUGCUGGGAAGGCUUCGUUCACCUGAUGAUGAAUGUGACGGCGUCGGAGCUGUGCGAGUGGAAAGUCAUCAGCAGGCCCUACAGCAAGCUGCAGGCCUGCCUGGAGGAGUGGGCUGACCGCCUGCACUACGGUUACCCCAACGCGCUGGCGGAGCAGUACAUCUUCCAGAGCCACCACCACUACUUCCACAACUGCACCCUGGGGCACCAGGUCUACUUCGACCCGCCUGAGGACGUGCUGCUGGCCAUGAUCAUCGCUCCCAUCUGCCUCAUCCCCUUCCUGGUCACCCUGGUCAUCUGGCGCAGCAAGGACGGCAAGGCCCAGCCCUAGCGCCACAGCUGGCGGUGGCCCUGGGGGUCCUGCUCAUCCCGUCCCCCCCGGGCUGUGGGGCCAACCGGCCGCUCGCCCACCCCCGGGGGGGCUCCUGGAACACGGUGUCAGGGCGGGCGGUUCCCACUGUGCCGCCGGUGGUGCACCCCGCCCCGCGGCUGGGGAUUAAAUGCUUCUUCCCCGA